AUGCUGCUACUCAAUUCCUCUCUCUCAUUUGCAUCUUCUUCGUUCCUGACAACGGUUACUCUCUCUCCAUCAAAACCACUACCCUCUAAACCCCUUAUCCUGAGCACACCCUGCCUUAUCCCGCGCCACUAUUUCCAAUGCCCACUCCCUUCUUCUUCCCUCUUCGCCAGAACCACCCUCACACGCGUUCUCGGACACUCACUCACACAGCAGCACGUGUACCCUGACCCAAUCCCUGAAUUCGCUAAAUAUGAGACACGCAAAUUCAAAGUUGAGCUCUUGCAGAAGCUUUCGAAGGAUGUAGACGAGUUCGGUGAUGAACUUGAUACGGUUAUUGACGUUUGUGUUCAGAUAUUUAGCAAAUUUUUGCACAAGGAGUAUGGAGGUCCUGGGACAUUGUUGGUGACGCCAUUCACGGAUAUGUUGGUUGCUUUAAAGAAGAAGAAACUACCAGGAGCACCUCUGGCUGCUAGAGCAUCACUAAUAUGGGCACAAAAUUAUGUUGACGAAGAUUGGAAAAUUUGGAAUUCAAAACCAAAAUGA